AUGCAAUUAAACUUGAUAAUUGCAAUCUUUGUCAUUUCCAUCUCUCUGGUCCAAAGCAUUCCUGUCCCUCACAAUGGCGAAGAUGUUUUACCUGCAUGCUAUGAAGAUUGUAGGACGGUUUGGGAUAUCAUAUGGAGCUGUGCUACGACGAUAUUUGCCUGCACUUGGCUCUCUGUACACCUGAACGUACCAGGGCACAAGCUUACAGAGAAGGAAUGGUUUGCAGGCGCUAUGGACUGUGCAAAGCUGAUGGCAAUUGCGGUUCUUGCACCUGAAGCCAUUGUUGCAUGGGCUGUGAUGCAGCUCAUGGUGGAUGGAAAGUACACCGCCUCGGUGAGUAAACCACCUAUUUCCAUAUUCUCCCACAUUAUCAGGAAGAUAAUGCUGCAGGAGGACCCAGAUCCACCAAAGCUGUCCAUGACUCAUGGGUUUUUCCUCAGCAUGGGUGGUUUUUAUGACACUGAUACAGAAACACUUCUUGACCUUGAUUCUUUCGCAACGAACGAGAGAUUGAUAGAUGAAUUACAGAAGGUCGACGUAAUUUCAAUCCAUGACAAGAGUAAAGGCGAUGCAUUCUCAAAAGCAGUAUCCAUCCUUCAAAUAUCCUGGUUUGUUUCACAAUGCAUUGCCUGA